GCAGGCACGCACGGCACUGUGCGCUUUGAUAGCCAAAGGAAGUUUUAAAUAAGGACACAUUAUAACCUCACAAGCUUCAUGUCGUCUCGACUGAAGACCUCCACACCGAUGCUAUGGUUACCCUUGUUACGAUCUUACAGGUGAAUCUAGUGAUGUCCAUCUUGCUGUAUGUGAUGUUCCUCGCGUACCUCUAUGGUAUCCAGGCAACAUCCUCCAUGGACACACGGCAACAGCAUCAGCAGCAGCAUCAGCACCACCAGCCCACGCCCGACCCCAUCAACACCCUCAUCAUCAAGCUGCUGCAGGCCGACAUCAGUCGCAGCCGGCCCAAGACCCAGAGGAGAGGGGGGGACGCGGCGGGGAGUCCAGCCCAACAAGGAGCACCUUCCUCCGGGGUGGAGCUGGGGAUCGGCCCCCCUGUACUCCCGGACGCCCGGGACUCUCCUGUGAUGGACCUGCCAAAGGAUGAUGAGGCUGCGUCGUCAUCGCUGUUGUUGUCAGAUCCUCCUCCUCCUCCUCCUCCUCAGUCCCUCCCCCUCUCCCGCCAACGUAGCUCCUCCCUUUACCAGGCGGUCCCAGACCUCUCCCUGGAGUUGCUACAGCAACAUAAACGCUACAACUCGCCGCGCGUGUUGCUUAGCAACCGGCCGCCCAUGCAGCCGCCUCCCCUCUACCUGAUGGACGACUUCGUCAGCACUAACGAGGGAGGAGGAGGAGCCAACGCUAACGAGCUGGGCGUGGCGGCCACCAACAGAACCAGGAAGCGGCGCUACGCGGAGCACAAGAGCUACCGCGGCGAGUACUCGGUGUGCGACAGCGAGAGCAAGUGGGUGACGGACAAGAGCAAUGCGGUGGACAUCCGCGGCAACCCGGUGCUGGUGCUUGGGACCAUCCCGUCCAACGCGGGCCGGCCCGACGUCAAGCAGUACUUCUACGAGACGCGCUGCCGCGCCUCGCGGCCCUUCAAGAGCGGUUGCCGGGGCAUCGACGACAAGCACUGGAACUCGCAGUGCAAGACGACGCAGACGUACGUGCGCGCGCUCACGCAGGACAAGGCCACGCACGACAAGGUGUCCGUCGGCUGGCGGUGGAUACGAAUCGACACCUCGUGCGUGUGCGCACUCUCGCGGAAACGCCGCAGAACAUAAUGCAAACACACGCACGCACACACAUACACCAGUGGUGGAACUUAGGUUCAAAGUGACUAGUGGGUUGACAAAUUUACCCGUCAGCGCUGAAAUUUACCUGUAUUUGACAGGUGGACGGGUGUAAAGUUCCAAUCCUGACACACACACACAUACAAACAAACACAACAAUGUGUGGCGAGCAGUUAUGGAGAGAAACUACGUGCUGCAGAGACAUGAACACACACACACUCAUGUGGUUACACCGGACCAAAAGACACCGGACCGCUGCUCUGCUCCACCACCCUGGGCACUGAAGUGACUGCUUUCCAGGGCGGGGGGAGGGGAGGACGGACGGGGGAGGGGGA